UUUUUUUUUUAAUUCAUCACUUUCUAUCAUUUCAGAGUAUUUUGCUACCAGAAGAGAACUUGCUGAGAGAAAAAAAAUGUUUUGAAGAACAGAAAUAUUCUUACCAGAGACAAGCUAUGGCAUCUUAUAAAACAUUUUCUCAUAAAAAUUAAAACAUAGAUAAAACAUUUUCUUUCAUAUCUACCACAGAGGUUUUGAAACCAACAUGGAAAGUCACCAGUCUAGAGAAGUUGACAGUGUUUUGUUUUAUUCUAAAGAGCUUCAAUGUUAUGUUCGUGUGCCAAGUGAUAUUGGCAACUCCUUGCCUGUAAAUAUUGCAGCUGGUGGUGGUCAAGUCUAUACAAGCACCUCGGGUGUUUCUGUUAGCAACAGCCAGGAGCAGACUCAUGUUGUGACAAGUUACCCACAACAACAGCAGCAGCAGCAGCAUCAGCAACAACAACAACAACCUUCAGCUCACAUACAGCAGGUGUUAUGUACACACAUUUCCAACUCAGACUAUGACCGGACGUAUCCUCUAGCAGUGACGAACAUUGGCGAACAGAACCCAGGCUGUUCCAUGACAUCGCUGCCAGUUUCUGAUCAGGUGUACUAUCAGGAUCAGGUUGUCACAGGUUACGGUCGACCUUAUCCUCAGAACAGUGGUAUCAAGUCACCGCAGACCUUGCAGAGGCAAUAUGGUGAUGUGUUUGAGAACUAUUUCACAGGAUCGGGAGCAAACGAUGUCGGCAACAAGACUGGGCAGACUAACAAAGGAUCCGCAUCAGAUCUAGAAGAUCCUGUUAAAAUCAGUCAGAUGCUUGUUGAGAAACUGCUGGCCACUGAAACAAAUUCUAAGAAACCGAUCAAAGCAAAUGCAGUUAAACCAGCUCCAGCCAAGAGCACGAAGAAGGGAAAGAAAAUUGUGUGUCAUGUUUGUAACGUGGGACUGACCACACUGAACCGAAAGAUUCUGGUGAAGAUGGAAGGAACCAAUGUCUCUUAUCUAACAACAUGUGAAACAUGUUGUAAGAUUGAAUCAGACAAGAUAAAAGCAGAACAGGCAAGAAAGUUGUUAGAAAAUCAAGCAAAGAGUACAUGUAGUAAUGUUCCAAAUACAUCUUUACCAUUUGCAGGGUCUAACAGGUGUGCUACAUCUCAUGCAAAUUCUCAGCACAUUAAUUCAGUUAAUACAACACCUUCACAAAUGCAGGUUUCACAGACAGGGGUUAAAAUUACAAACACCAAUACUCUUACUCAUUCCAGUGUUCAGCCAGUAGGUAUAUGUAGUUCUAGUUCACAGAUGCCUGUUAGUAGUACUGCAGGACAGUCGCAAACAUCAGCAGUGCAUUUACAGCAGAACAGCAAUGUUGCUUGUCCGGUUAUUGGUCAGAAGUCUGUCCAGAACAUAAACUGUAAUUCUUCGACAUUGUCUUCUAAACUGACUGGAAAUGCCCCACUUGUGGCAAAUACCAAACCAAAUAAUCUACAAGCAAAGCCAAAUGUUUGGCAUCAGAAAAGUAAACCAGUGACAGUCUGUGGGUUGUGCUCUAGAAAAGGACGAGAAAUAACGUGUGUCAUAGCCAAGGUCAAAGAGGACAACACUUUGGAGUACAUUGACGCUUGCAACAUCUGUGUGAAGAAGAAACUUGAAAAGAAAAAGAGGAAGAAAGUAAGACACAGCAUUUCUGAGCUGAAGAGAAUCAAAAGCAAGUGCAAUAGAGGCACUCAGUCUGAGGAUAACCCAUUGAAGUGGAAGUGCCAGAAAUGCUACAAGACAUUCCAACGCAAAAACGAAAUGUUAAUUCACAAACGAACGCAUCGGAAGCCCCGUGUUAUACAGUGUGUAAGCUGUGAGGAAGAGCUGAAAUAUUACAGUCUUCAAAAGCCAUUCAAAUGUGAACACUGCGAUCGAAUCUACGAUCCAAAAUCUAUUUCUGAUAUGGAAAAAAUCAAACGAUCCCAAAGAGGUAACGACGUUUUUAAGUGUUCAAUAUGCGACAAAGUUUUAGCCACUGCAAAGGGAGUUAAGGAGCACGAAAAGACGCACUCUUUGGAGAAACCGUUCGUGUGUUAUAUCUGUCACAAGACGUUCAAGUUCACCACCAAUCUGCGACUGCACAUGAGGACCCAUACGAACGAGAGACCGUUCAAGUGCGAGAUGUGUGGGCGAGCCUUCAAACAGAGCUCCGGUCUCAUUCAGCACAUUCGACUACACACAGGCGAGAAACCGUGGGCCUGCAGCAUAUGCGGCAAGCGGUAUGGGCAGAAAAGCAACUUCACCCGACACAUGUUCACACACAACAAGUCCAAAUCGUACGCCUGUUUUCUCUGCGACAAAUUCUUCAACACGGACUGGAAGCUGACGAGACACAUGAAGUUCAAGCAUUCGGACAGCAACCCGUAUCGAUGCGACAUCUGCGGGAAAGACUACGAGGAGAACAGCAGCUUUCGCCGCCAUCUUGAAAAGCAUGGCAUGGACAACAAGUUCCGCUGCAAAGUGUGCGGGAAGCAGUUCUCGGCGACGAAUCCUCUACAGCAGCACCUGAAGACCCACUUGACCGAGCAGAAGGGUCUGUACAACUGUGGACUCUGCAGCUUCCAGUUUAACGACGAGGCGCAGCUGAACGGUCACAUCAGGCAACACUUCAGUGACAACACGCACGGGUGCAGCCAGUGCGAGGCUGUGUUCCCCACCAGGGGUCUGCUAGAGCACCACCUGAAGCAGAAGCAUUCCGCAGAGACCGUCUUCGACUGCUCGCUCUGCGGCCGGCAGUUCACCCUCAAGGUCAAUUACGACGUGCACAUGAGGAAGCACAACGGCCACCUUCCGUUCGAGUGUCACAUCUGCGGUAAGAGAUACCAGUGGAGCAACACGCUGGAAUCGCACAUGACGAUUCAUGCCAAUGAAACGUCUGUCAGCGUUGUAGGGACCGCUGCAGGCGCGUGCAAUCCUGCUGAGACCAACUACCUGAACAUGCCAGUUCAGUAUGCUUGACAUUAAAUGCGCAGAACCCUAUUUUUUAGCAAGUGAAAAUGGACACGUUAAAGGCAUACUGUCACGGAUUUAAGGACUUUAUUUCUCUAAAAAUGAAUAAUAAAUAAAAAUUACAUUAAUUGUUUGAAACUAAAUCUAGCUAUCGCAUCACCUUAACUGAA